AUGAGGAUUUUAAGGCACCCACUGGCCACCUUUUUCCACCUGUUUUUCCGAGUGAGUGCGAUUAUUACCUACUUGCUCUGUGACUGGUUCAGCAACAGCUUUGUUGCCUGUUUUGUCACUAUUCUGCUCCUCCUAUCCUUUGACUUUUGGUCAGUUAAGAACGUGACAGGAAGACUUCUGGUUGGUUUGCGUUGGUGGAACCAGAUUGAUGAAGAUGGAAAAAGCCACUGGGUGUUCGAAGCUAAAAGGGUGCCUACAGUGGCUGCCUCCACUGAAGCUGAAGCUCGGAUCUUUUGGCUUGGUCUCAUUAUCUGUCCCGUUAUUUGGACGGUGUUUUUCUUUAGCACCUUGUUCUCCUUGAAGCUGAAAUGGCUGGCUCUUGUGCUAGCUGGGAUCUCCCUCCAGACCGCUAAUCUGUACGGCUACAUCCACUGCAAACUAGGGGGACAGAAGAGCAUCCGCAGGGCGACUCCGAGGCUCUUUGUCGCAGCGGAUGUUCCCAGGAGUAAGUAG